AAAUCAACAAAGUAUAUUGCAACUUCCAGUGGUAAUUGUAAUAAUAAUUACAAGUUUCUGCGCAUAAUAUUUGUAAUAACUAAUAACAUUUAACAGUAAUCAAUAAUCACAAUAUAUAAUUUAUUAUUUUAUUAUUUUAAGUUCUUGUAAAAUGAAAUAGUUAAUUAAUGUUGAGUUCUUUGUUAAGAAAAACGAAUAAAAUGUUUAAUAACUAGCUGAACCAAACUAAAACAAAUUGUUAAUAUUUAUUCACACUAAUGGAAUUGUCACAAUCAAUUGAUUUAAAAAAUGAAAGCAAUAGACUGGGUACAUUCACUGGUUGGCCAGUAUCAUUUAUCAUAACUCCAAAAAGUUUAGCAGCUGCUGGAUUCUAUUAUACUAAACAAACUGACAAAGUUAAAUGUGCAUUUUGUAAUAUUUGUAUUUGUCACUGGGAAUUUGGUGACAAUGCUGUCGAUGAACAUAAACGUCACAAUCCUAACUGUAGCUUUUUCCUUAGUCAAGACUGUGGUAAUAUACCUAUUAUUGAAGGGAUUCAAUUGAGAGGGGAAUUUAUUGAAAAUCAUAAGGAAACAGGUGAACCAAUUGAUAUUCAAGGUUUGGGUGUAAGAGCUCAUAGAGUAGCUUUUCAUCUAAAGUAUAAUUCAUUCAGUGCUCGAUUGAAAACGUUUAGUGGUUGGAGUAAUGAAUCACAAAAACCUGAAGAUUUAGCUACUGCUGGAUUUUUCUUUACUGGUAGUAAUGAUGAAGUUCGCUGUUAUUACUGUGAUGGAGGUCUUCAAAAUUGGGAGGUAGAUGAUAAUACAUGGGUUGAACAUGCUAAAUGGUUUCCAAACUGUGGCUUCUUAAAUUUAGUAAAAGGAGAACAAUUCUUGGAUGGAAAUUUGGUUGAAAGAUUUAAUGCGCUUUUAAAUAGGCCUAGACUUGAUGAUACAGGAGAGGGACAAGUGGUUAGUAUACACCAAACAGAUAAUAUCUCACCAAAUAGUAUAAGUUCUUCGAAUAGAACUAAUGAGACUACUGAUCGACAAAUAAGCGAUCUUAUGCUACUACCUCCUGCACAAAUGGCAUUAGAGUUAGGCUUACAACCAUCUCAGAUUCGACAAGCAAUUCGUAGUAAUCUGCAAGAUAUUGGAACACCUUUUCGUCCAAUGGAUAAUUUUAUGCAACAAGUUUUAAACCAAGAUCAAAAUUCAUUUUUUUCUGAAGGAGAUACAUUGUCUCUUGAACAAAUUCUCCGGAGAGAAGAACCAGAACCCAUGGACGGAAUAAGUAUUCCUCGUGAUGAUGAUGUUUCUGAAGAAUCUAGUGACUCUAAUGAUGAAAUUAUUGAAGAGGUAGUUACUCGUAUUUCUGCUUCUUCAAGUUCCAGUGAUUGUGAUUCAGAGGUAGAGGCUGAAGAAGUAUCUGAAUUAUCUGAACCUGAAGAUGAAAAUGAAAAUGAAAAUGUUACUUUUGAUACAAAUGAAUCUGCAUUUAUAGCUGAUAGUGUUAAUUCCAGUCUAUCUAAUGAUAUUAAAGUUAAAGAUGCUGAUGAACCAAUUGAUGAAUCUGCAAAUGUUAAAUUAUCUCAAAGAGAUUUAGAAGAAGAAAACCGUCGAUUGAGAGAAGCCCGCCUUUGUAAAAUUUGUGUUGAUCAAGAAUUAGGUGUUGUUAUGUUACCUUGUGCCCAUUUAGUUGCGUGCAUCACUUGUGCCUCUAGUCUACUAGACUGCCCAUUAUGUCGACAGACCAUCAAGGCUACUGUUCGCACAUUCCUUUCUUAACAAUUGGGAAUAUAUUUACAAAUUUUUAUUUUACACUUAAUUCAAAUUUGUUGGACAUAUAAGAACAACAUGUCUGAUGUAUAGAUUUCUUGUUGCUAAUUAUAUAAUAUUAUAUUGAAUGUUAACCACCGCUAAAAGAAAAAAGAAAAAUUUAGUGGAAAUUUCACAUAUUUUAAUAUGUGGUAUGGCUGUUAAUUUUGCUAUACUUUUAAUUAUAAUUAUUAAGUAAUUUUUUUCAACUUAAUAUUUCAAUUUAGGUAGUACAAUUUAUUAUAACAGUACACACUAUACAUACAAACUUGUAUUUUCUUUAAAAAAAAAACUGUAAUAGUUCUGUUUAUUCCACUUCCACUUUUUAUUUAGUUUGUAAUCAAUUUUAAAUUUAGACUCUUAUUUUUUUAUUUCAUUUAAUGUGUACGAUAAAUUGAUACGUAGCUUAUAUUUUAAAUGCUUUUAUUUAAAACAUUGAUUACUAAAUUACAGUCAAUAUUACACAGAAUGUUAAGAAAAAAAUUGUUAUGAUUACAAGUAUAACAUAAAUAUAUAUUUAAAAUAGUACAUUUCAUGAUGGUAUAAAUUAUUUCACCAUGGUGAUAGUAUAAUAAAUAAUGUUAAGUUAUUAAAACUUAAUAAAGUUAAUGUUCUCAUUGUAUUUUUCUAUGUUAUAUGAUGUUCAUUAUUCAUUAUGUUAUUUACCAUUUUUUAUUUAAAAAUUCUAAUUCUAAUUUCUUUGAUUUUUAUUUAAUUUUUCAAAUGAAUCUAAAAGUAAUAUCAAAAACUUUCAAAAAAAAUUAAAAAAUAAAUAAGCAGAUUGAAUAAAUGUUAAUAUGAAGAUAGCUACCUACUUAAGUUGUUAAGAAGACAUUAAUACAUUAAUUAUAUACACACAUUUGUUGUCAAUAUUUUACAUAUGUAAAACAGCAAAUUUGCGUUUAACGGGAUCAAUUUUAUACUGUUAACUUUAAUAUUGGAAUCAAUUUACCUAUUAUCAAACUUAAAGGUAAUAAUAUAUUUAAAUUAUUUAAGUAUUAUUUUAUUUUAGUAUUUAAAUUUUUAAGUACCUAAGUUAUAGUUAUGUAAAAUAUUAAAACUUUAAAAUUCUCGUGACUUUCUUAAAAAUUAAAAUAUCAAUAAAUGCCUAUAAGAUUUCUCAGAUAAUAUAAUUACCUUUGAGUUUAAUAAUAAGUAAAUUAAUUCUAAUAUUAAAACUAUAAGCAUAAAAUUGAUGUCUGCUGAACUCAAAUUUGUUUGUCUUACAUUAGUAAGACAUAGACAACACAUGCGGGUAUGACAUAUGUUCUCUUAACAUUUCUUUUUUUUAAUAAAUGAUUAGUCUAAAUUAAAAAUUAUUAUGAAAUAGACUUAAAAAGUGAUUAUUGUUAUAAAUAUGAUAUAGACAUCUAGAUUAUUUUUUUUUUUAAUCAAUAUUUUUCACUUUUUGAGAAAAUCUGUGAAUUAACUAUAAGUAUUUCUAGCAAUAGUACAAUAUUAUUGUUUUCCUCAAAAAAAAAAAAAAAAAUGUCUAAGUUAUUAGAUGAAAACUGUUGUACCUAUUGA